AUGGAAAACAAGGGUUCGAAGCAAGACGAGCAAAACCCUCUCCAGGGUAUCCUUCUCCAGGGUAUCCCUCUCCAGGGUAUCGGUGCCAAAUUCUCUGAUUCCAUGUACCCUUAUUCCGGCUCCAGCCACCCCGGUUCCCCCGAGUUUCAAGGAAACAAUGACUCUUCAACCCCACGCGGUGACGUCCCUACGGAGCCAAUCACGAGCGAAACAGAGAGCCCGCCCUGGUCCCCUGUACGAGCCACUCGUUCGGGCAAAGAUUAG